UCAUAAGGGGUGAACAAUUGUUGGAUAACAUAGAAAUUGGUGGUGGUGAAGCAUGGCUGGCGCAUCUACCAAAGGCAUCAAAAUAAGUCUUCUUAUGAAUAUACCUGCUGGAAAAGCUGCUCCUGGACCUCCAGUGGGUCCAAGAAUUGGUCAAAUGGGCUUGAACAUUAUGCAGUUUUGUAAGGAUUUCAACAACGCUACAAAGGACAUCCUUGAAGGAGUACCCAUCCCAACCAAGAUCGUUGCUUACAACGACCGCACGUAUACUUUUGAAACGAGAACUCCUCCUGUUUCCUAUUUUCUGAAAAGAGUAGCAGGUCUGGAAAAAGCUGCUUCAAAACCUGGACAUGAAACCAUUGGAAAAGUACCUUUAAAGGCCAUUUACGAAAUUGGAAAAAUCAAACAGCGAGACGAGCAUAUGAAGUACAAGUCUUUGGAAAUAAUCUGUCGUAGUAUUUAUGCAACAGCAAAGGGUAUGGGUUUAGAAGUCGAGUGACUUGCAACCUUUUGUCUCACACCAUAUCCAUUUGUAUUGUGGAUGUGCUACAAUAUAGACUUGUUUUGAAUAAGUUUCAGUUUAGUUCUUAUUUUAGGCUAUUAACUAGAAUAAAGAAACUUCCUUGUUUUAUAAGGUUGUUUCUUAUGAUACUUUCCUAGCACUGAGUAGCUCUAGCAAUUGCUAUACAAUACCCUAUGAAUUAGGCAAUUGUAUACUCCUUUACGAGUUUUGUUUUAUCCAUUGUAGUAGGUGAGAUACACUUGAAACUAUGAUAUCCACUUUCUUAGUAUGGCAGGGUACUUAGACUGCUUAAUACACUCGUUCUUCAAAUAAUAAUGGGAUGUCUUUCAAAUAAUAUGUUUUUUUAAAAUUAUAUUGAAGAUAUAGCAUUACAUCAAAUCGAAGAUGAUGAAACGAUCGCUUAUAUAGACUUGGAUGGAUUGUCCGAAAGGCUUUGA